AUUUUACAAUUUAUUUCACUUUGAAUCUUCUCUUCUCUUCUCUUUUCUUCUCCAUCACCAUCCAAUUCCAAUUCGAAUUCUGUCCCUUUCUGUUUUUAUUUCUGCUAAAAUAAAAAUAAAAUUAAUAUUCCAAGAAAAGAAAAAAAGAAGAUAAUUUAAGGAAAAGGAAAAGGAAAAGGAAGUUUCUUGGUUUGGAUUUUUUUUAUUCAUUCAAAAGAUUGAAAGUGAAGACUUUUGAUUUGAUAUAAUUCAAAAGAUGGGUGGUGGUGGUGAUGGUUAUCUCUUGUGCUUGUGCCUUUUCUCUUUGAAAAAACAAGAAGGUUUACCUGAUCAUCUUGCAUUGAAGUUCUGAUCGCUGAUGUUGGGUGGUGUUUGAAGGCUAUUAGGUCUUGUGAAAAAUCAUGAAGAGUAAAUUUAGAGUUAACAGGAGGAAAAGAGAGAUAACUAGGCAAGAACCUGGGAGGUUAAUGGAGCGCCUCAGCUCUGGAGACCAAUCAAGAGCAGUGGAUGGAGUGAGACUUUCAUCUGAGUCUCUUGCAACCAAAGAAAAUCCCACAGGUGCAUAUUCUUCUAAUAAUGGUGUGCUGGACCUGGAACCAGACACCAGCAAUCUAGAAGAAGCUGAAUUAUCUCUUCGUGGGCGUGGUUCUUUGAACUAUGAGGAAGCCAGAGCAUUGUUAGGAAGAAUGGAAUACCAAAAAGGGAACAUAGAAGCUGCUCUUCAUGUAUUCGAAGGAAUAAAUAUUGCUGCUGUAACUCCCAGGAUGAAAGUUACUCUGGCUAAAAGACAAGAACACCACAAGAGACACUCACAAAGUUUUGCUACCCCAUCAAUGUCUAUACAUGCUGCCAGUUUACUAAUGGAAGCAAUCUUCCUUAAAGCAAAAUCAUUGCAGCAUCUUGGGAGGUUCAGAGAAGCUGCUCAAUCUUGCAAAGUUAUUGUGGACAUAGUUGAAUCUUCGUUCUCAGAAGGCAUGCCUGAAAACUUUGCCGCUGACUUUAAAUUGCAGGAGACUCUAAACAAGGCUGUUGAGUUGCUUCCAGAACUAUGGAAACUUGCUGAUUCCCCACGUGAAGCAAUCAUGUCAUACCGACGGGCUCUCCUCCAUCACUGGAACCUUGAUGUAGAAACUACUGCAAGGAUUCAAAAAGAUUUUGCCAUUUUUCUUCUGUACAGCGGAGGUGAAGCAAGCCCCCCAAACCUCCGCUCUCUGAUGGACAGUUCAUUUGCACCUAAAAGCAACAUAGAAGAGGCCAUACUGCUGUUAAUGAUACUGUUAAGAAAAAUGAUUCUGACAAGAAUUGAGUGGGAUCCAUCAAUCUUGGAUCACCUUUCGUUUGCCCUCUCUGUUUCUGGGAGUUUAAAGGCAUUAGCCGGCCAGGUUGAGGAGUUGCUUCCUGGGAUUAUUGAUCGCAGAGAGAGGUAUCAUAUUCUCUCUCUAUGCUAUUAUGGAGCAGGUGAAGAAUUGGUUGCUUUGGAUCUAUUAAGGAAAUUGUUGCAUAGUAAUGAGGAUCCAAAGCGUGUUCCGGCCUUAUUAAUGGCAUCAAAGAUAUGUGGGAAGUCCUCUAAACAUGCAGAAGAAGGGAUAAAUUAUGCUCGCAGAGCACUCCAAAGCCUGGAAAAUGACUGCAAUCAAUUGGAAAGCGUAGCAAAUUACUUGCUGGGUGUCUCACUUUCAGCGCAUUCUCAAGUAGCUGUUGCAGAUUCUGAGAGGUUCACAAAACAAUAUGAGGCUCUUGAGGCCCUGGAAUCUGCUGGAAGAAUGACAAAGAUGCAAGACUCUAAUAUUCUUUACCAUCUCAGCCUAGAAAAUGCAGAGCAGAGGAAGUUGGACGUGGCGCUUUAUUAUGCAAAGCACUUGUUAAAACUAGAAAGUGGUUCUACUAUUAGAGGAUGGUUAUUGCUCGCUCGGAUCUUAUCAGCUCAGAGACUGUACAAGGAUGCUGAAACUGUUAUUAAUGCUGCCCUGGACCAGACUGGGAAAUGGGACCAGGGAGAAUUGUUGAGAACCAAAGCUAAACUUCAAAUUGCUCAGGGUCAGUUAGAGAAUGGCAUUGAGUCAUACAUCCAGCUUCUCGCUGUUCUUCAAAUUCAGAGUAAGAGCUUGGGACCUGGGACAAAGCUGUAUAAGAUUUUGCAGGACAAUGGAAACCCUCCAAGUCAUCUGGAAUUGGAAGUUUGGCAUGAUAUGGCUUCCGUCUACAUAAGGUUGUCCCGGUGGCAUGAUGCUGAGGCAUGUCUUUCCAGAUCCAAGGCCAUCAGCUCUUACUCAGCUUCUAGAUGUCACACAACUGGUGUCCUUUAUGAGCAAAGGGGGCUCUACAAUGAAGCUCUUAAAGCCUUUGUGAGUGCUUUAGAUAUUGAUCCCACUCAUGUCCCAAGCUUGGUAUCCACAGCUGUGGUUCUUAGACGGCUCAGGAUGCAAUCGAAUGCAACCAGAAGCUUUCUAAUGGCUGCUCUGCGACUUGAUAGAAUGAGCUCAUCGGCAUGGUACAAUCUUGGCUUACUUUACAAAGCUGAGGGUGCUCCCUCCCCCUCCCUAGAAGCUGCUGAAUGUUUUGAGGCUGCAACUUUUCUUGAAGAGACAGCACCAGUUGAGCCUUUUAGAUGAUGGACACUCACCACCAAGAGUUGUUGGUACUGUAAACGGCAGUGAUUUUUUCUACUCUCCCCGCAUGUAUUAUUUCGUGUGAGUUUUGCACAUGGCUGGUAGCAGUAUAUACAUAGCAGUAAGAAAUAAAGUAUUCUUUUUCUCAUA